GAAUAUAUCCGGCUGUGGCUUUCCCUCCCAUCGCUUCAGCUCAUAGUUUACAGUUUUUUUCUUAUUUAUCUCCUUUAGUGUAGUUUUCCGCUCCCUGUGUCGAACUUUUCCGAACUUUUCCUAUCUUAUGUGGGUAUUGCUUCGUUAUACUUGGCGAGAUCCUAUCCAUUCCGUACGGAUAAUCCAAAAUAUGAGAAUCUUUCUUUCCAACGGAGGACCCCGAAUUUUGGGUCUUUGUAGCUCUUUCAGAUUUUUACGAUGAGAACAAUAAUUCAGAAUUAGCCAAGGCUUGGCUUGAGCCAAGUUGAAGAAGCCUAGGGGGCAUUGACCAAUUCCACACCAACCACAUUCAAGAUCAGAUCAUCACCCCAACUUCAAUUAUGUGGCUCAAUUGACUGGCUGGAUCCACAAGGACCACAACCAAUUGAGUUUGUUUUGCUGGGGAAGAGAUGAACAAAGCUACGUGCUCUGCCGUGCUCCUCUUAGCAUUUUUCCUCGUCUCUUCGCAAGCCAGAUCAAUCCUGAGUCGAAAGCCCCAGCCUCUAGCAUCCUUCAAGAUCGACACUAACUCUACCCACCCUCUUACUGUCACCAGGAUCAACAGUACUCUCACUGGCGCCACUCCCUCUGCUACCACCACCCAGAAAGUUGGGAGCUGUACUUACACGGUGGUGUUUACAACAAGCUGCUCUUCACCCAGCUACACCAGAGACCGAAUCAGUCUCGCGUUUGGCGAUGCGUAUGGCAGCCAGGUUUACGCAUCGAGGCUAGACGAUCUAUCUUCAGGGGCAUUCGAGGCGUGUUCUGUGGACACUUAUGACAUAUCGGGGCCAUGUACGUACGAUGUUUGCUAUUUGUACAUAUACAGGAGUGGAUACGACGGUUGGAAGCUGAAAUCGGUGGAGGUCUACGGUUACCAUAGGAGGUCUAUCUCCUUCUACUACAACACUUUCAUACCAAGGGAUGUUUGGUACGGGUUUGAUUACUGCAACGGUGUUUCAGCCUUCACUUGACCAUGAGAGUUGCAGGGGGGAGUGAAUAAGUUCUUGUUUGAGUUAAUUCGUUGCUUGUAAUGAAUAAGUUCUUGUUUUUGAGAUUUCCCUAACUUUUUCCAGUUGUUCCAAGUAUGUAAGACAAAAGAUUGAUUGGUUCCGAUUGCAAAAUGCAUAGCGAAAGGUGGUUUUGUAAUUCAA